AUGACUAGAGGAGAGGCUAUAUUGGAUCUAGUACUAGGCAAUGAACCACAUGUGGAUGAGUGUCAGAGUGGGAUCCAUAACUGCCACAACUCGGCCUCAUGUAUCAACAGCCCGGGCACCUUCCAGUGUCUGUGUGGGACUGGGUAUGCUAGAGAUGGAAGGACUUGCAUAGAUGUGGAUGAAUGUCAAUGGGGCAAUGGCGGCUGCUCCCAGCUCUGUGUAAACACGGUGGGCAGUUACCACUGUGACUGUCACCCAGGGUACACCUCGAGUCUCGGAAGCAGAGCAAUAUGCACAGAUGUGGAUGAGUGUCAGAGUGGGAGCCACGACUGCCACAGCUCGGCCUCGUGUUCGAACACCCCCGGCUCUUUCCAGUGUGUGUGUGGAACUGGCUACACUGGGGAUGGAAGGACUUGUACAGAUGUAGAUAAGUGUCAGACUGAAAACCACAACUGUCACGGCUCGGCCUUGUGUUUGAACACCCCUGGCUCUUUCCGGUGUGUGUGCGGGGCUGGCUACACUGGGGAUGGAAGCACUUGUAUCGAUAUGGAUGAGUGUCAGAGUGGGAGCCACGACUGUCACAGCUCGGCCUCCUGUUCCAACAGUCCCGGCUCCUUCCAGUGUGCGUGUGGGGCUGGGUACACUGGGGAUGGAAGGACUUGCACAGAUGUGGACGAGUGCCAGACUGAAAACCACAACUGUCACAGCUCGGCCUCGUGUUCGAACGGCCCCGGCUCUUUCCAGUGUGUGUGUGGAACUGGCUACACUGGGGAUGGAAGGACUUGUACAGAUAUGGAUGAGUGUCAGAGUGGGAGCCACGACUGUCACAGCUCGGCCUCCUGUUCCAACAGUCCCGGCUCCUUCCAGUGUGUGUGUGGGGCUGGCUACACUGGGGAUGGAAGGACUUGUACAGAUGUGGAUGAGUGUCAGAGUGGGAGCCACGACUGUCACAGCUCGGCCUCCUGUUCCAACACCCCUGGCUCUUUCCAGUGUGUGUGUGGGGCUGGGUACACUGGGGAUGGAAGGACUUGUACAGAUGUGGACGAGUGCCAGACUGAAAACCACAACUGUCACGGCUCGGCCUUGUGUUCGAACACCCCUGGCUCUUUCCGGUGUGUGUGUCAGACAGGAUACACUGGGGAUGGAAGCACUUGUAUCGAUGUGGAUGAGUGUCAGAGUGGGAGCCACGACUGUCACAGCUCGGCCUCCUGUUCCAACAGUCCCGGCUCCUUCCAGUGUGCGUGUGGGGCUGGGUACACUGGGGACGGAAGGACUUGUACAGACGUGGAUGAGUGUCAGAGUGGGAGCCACAACUGUCACAGCUCGGCCUCCUGUUCCAACUGCCCUGGCACCUUCCAGUGUGUGUGUAGGGCUGGGUACACUGGGGAUGGAAGGACUUGUACAGAUGUGGAUGAGUGUCAGACCGGAAGCCACAAUUGUCACACCUCGGCCUUCUGUUCCAACAUCCCCGGAUCUUUUCAGUGUGUGUGUGAGGCUGGGUACACCGGGGAUGGAAGGAGUUGUACAGAUGUGGAUGAGUGUCAGAGUGGGAGCCACGACUGUCACAGCUCGGCCUCCUGUUCCAACAGUCCCGGCUCCUUCCAGUGUGCGUGUGGGGCUGGGUACACUGGCGAUGGAAGGACUUGUACAGAUGUGGAUGAGUGUCAGAGUGGGAGCCACGACUGUCACAGCUCGGCCUCCUGUUCCAACACCCCCGGCUCCUUCCAGUGUGUGUGUGGGGCUGGCUACACUGGGGAUGGAAGGACCUGUGCAGAUGUGGAUGAGUGUCAGAGUGGGAGCCACGACUGUCACAGCUCGGCCUCCUGUUCCAACAGCCCCGGCUCCUUCCAGUGUGUGUGUGGGGCUGGCUACACUGGGGAUGGAAAGACCUGUGCAGAUGUGGAUGAGUGUCAGAGUGGGAGCCACGACUGUCACAGCUCGGCCUCCUGUUCCAACAGUCCCGGCUCCUUCCAGUGUGUGUGUGGGGCUGGCUACACUGGGGACGGAAGAACUUGUACAGAUAUGGAUGAGUGUCAGAGUGGGAGCCACGACUGUCACAGCUCGGCCUCCUGUUCCAACAGUCCCGGCUCCUUCCAGUGUGUCUGUGGGGCUGGGUACACUGGGGAUGGAUGGAAUUGCACAGAUAUGGAUGAGUGUCAGAGUGGGAGCCACAACUGUCACAGCUCAGCCUCCUGUUCCAACAGCCCCGGCUCCUUCCAGUGUGUGUGUGUGGCUGGCUACACUGGGGAUGGAAGGACUUGUACAGAUGUGGAUGAGUGUCAGAGUGGGAGCCACAACUGUCACACCUCGGCCUCCUGUUCCAACAGUCCGGGCUCUUUCCAGUGUGUGUGUGGGGCUGGCUACACUGGGAAUGGCAGGAUUUGUACAGAUGUGGAUGAGUGUCAGAGUGGGAGCCACAAUUGUCACAGCUCGGCCUCCUGUUCCAACACCCCCGGCUCCUUCCAGUGUGUGUGUGGAUCUGGCUACACUGGGGAUGGAAGGACCUGUGCAGAUGUGGAUGAAUGCCUGCAGGACAAUGGCGGCUGCUCCCAGCUCUGUGUAAACACGGUGGGCAGUUACCACUGUGACUGUCACCCAGGGUACACCCUGAGACCCGGAAACAGAUCAACGUGCACAGAUGUGGAUGAAUGUCUGCAGGACAAUGGCGGCUGCUCCCAGCUCUGUGUGAACACGGUGGGCAGUUACCACUGUGACUGUCACCCAGGGUACACCCUGAGGCCCGGAAACAGAACAUCAUGCACAGAUGUCAAUGAGUGUGCCGAUCCAGCGCUGAAUCAGUGUGACAGCAACGCUCAGUGUCUGAACUCGAUGGGUUCCUACCACUGUGAGUGCAAAUCCUAUUACAGAGGGAACGGGACACACUGUGAAGGUUGCUUUUGCCCACCAGAAAUUAUCCCAGGAUCUGUGGAUCUCCAGGCUCUUUCAAGGAAUUUCUGUCCCUGUACAUCUGGUUUCAUUGUGUCCAAUAAUUUUUCCAGCUACUACCAGAAUAGUGCAGACAUGUACUGGUUCUUCAACCUGGUCCAGGUGUCUAACUCCACUCACCUGUACACAGGAAUCCGAUUCAGGGUGGACUUGCUGAAUGUGACAUCCCAGGAAGAUCACAUCUCCUUUGGCUGUGGAAUGAAUCCUGAUCAAGACAUGCGAUUCAAUUUGACUGAGGAAAUCUUAGAUACCAGCAACUUUUGUGUCUCCAACUGCACCAACAUGUGGGUUCACUUCCAUUCUGGUCCACAAAUUCCAAACACAACAUUCAACAUCUACUAUGAAAUGGAUGUUGCCAACAAGCAAAAACUGACACUUGAUGUCCUGGAAAAUCUUUCUGGAGCUCAGUAA